GGCUAUUGUAUUACACUACGCAGUGAGAGGACAGACGAGGAGUCUGCUUAAACCUCUGUAGAGGAAAAACUAAUUCCUGAGAAAGCAUUGUAAUAGCUAAACCAGAGGGGAGGAACAGGUGACUUUUGUGAAGACUUGCAGGCACUUACGAUUCGAGGACAUACUCACUCCCAGCUUGAUGACCUAGACCAGAGUGUUACCCAUAAAGCAGAUUCAUGCCCAUCGUGCAAUAAACCAGUCAGGUCUGGGUGCUCUGUGGAGUUUUCUACAAAUCAAGCACCCCUUAAGAGCAGGUUUAGGUGCUUCUUUUAUACACAAAAAUCAAAGCCUACAGAAAACAUCCCUAGCCUUGAAAUGGCUACAGUAAUGCAAUUUCAGUAGAAGGAGGUGUGUGACUGAAGAAGUCCAGCUGCCAGCUGAAUUGGGUGCAGAAGGUUAUUGACUGGCCUUGUCAGCAGAAGACACAGUUUUCCACCCGCCUGCUCUAAGAUGGUGACUGCCAAAGCCUGGGUUCUGAAGAAGCAUUUUGAGGGUUUUCCUAAAACCAGUGACUUUGACCUGAAAAUGAUAGAGCUGCCAAAACUAAAGGAUGGAGAGUUGCUGCUUGAAUCAGUGUUUCUCAGUGUUGACCCUUACAUGAGACCUUACAGUCAAAGGGACAUGAAGGAAGGGGACAUAAUGAUAGGCACACAGGUUGCCAGGAUUGUAGAAAGCAAGAACCCUGCUUUCACAGUGGGGACCUUUGUUGUAGCUAGGAGCGGCUGGAGAACUCAUUUCAUCUCUGAUGGGAAAGGCCUACAACUCCUUCCUUCCACUUGGCCGGAGUCACUCCCCAGAUCUCUGGCUCUUGGGACAGUUGGCAUGCCAGGCCUCACUGCGUAUUUUGGUCUGCUGGAGGUCUGCAAGAUGAAGCCAGGAGAGACAGUGUUGGUUAAUGCUGCAGCUGGUGCUGUGGGCUCUGUGGUGGGGCAGCUUGCUAAAAUUGGGGGUUGCAAAGUGGUUGGCUGUGCUGGCUCAGAUGACAAGGUUGCCUAUCUGAAGAAAAUAGGCUUUGAUGAAGCCUUUAAUUACAAAGCUGUUACAUCUCUGGAUGAAGCACUGCGUAAAGCCUCUCCUGAUGGCUACGACUGUUUCUUUGACAAUGUGGGUGGAGAAUUUGCCAGUAUUGCUAUCAACCAGAUGAAGAAAUAUGGAAGGAUUGCAGCCUGUGGAGCUAUCUCUCAGUACAAUGACACUGUGCCUCAGAAGGGGCCUUAUGUGCAGUUUCCAAUGAUCUUCAAAGAGCUGCGAAUGGAAGGGUUUAUUGUGACCCGCUGGAAUGACCGCUGGGAAGAAGGUCUGAAGGCACUACUAAAAUGGGUCGUGGAGGGAAAAGUGAAGUAUCACGAACAAAUCACUGAAGGAUUUGAAAACAUGCCAAUGGCUUUUAUUGGAAUGUUAAAGGGAGAAAAUCUUGGAAAAGCUAUUGUAAAAGUCUGAAGGUGACAUAUUUCUGUGAGACUGGUACAGGACAAUAUGAUUCUGUUAAGUGCUUUUAACUCACUGAUCAAAAGGUAUGUUUCAGUCUUUUUGCUGGACAUUUGUGAUGAUAACUUCUGUUAAUAAUCGGGCUAAUAAGUGUAAGUAUAUGCUUUGUUCUUGAAGAACUUGAGAGUUGCUUUCCAAAACUACACCCAAAAAAGUACCUUAAAACCACUGAACUUCGUCAGAACUGUACCAGAUUUAAUGGUAGCCUGAACAUUUCUAUGAGUUGGCUUGUAGAAAGGAAAAGCAAUUCCAAAAGCUUUGCCAGCUGGUGGCACAUCUCAUGAGUAAUGUUUACCCGUUGAUUUGACCCAGAACUUGGCAAGACGGAUUUUUGAACCAAUAUCAAGGAGUAAAGAACAGGCUUACAACACCCAGGGGUUCCCACCUUCCUCACUGGCUGGCUUUUUUUUUUUGUUUUUUAAAAACUUUCAUGAGGAAAUGUAGAUUUCUCAGUUAUUCUGCGAUUAUGGAAAGAAAAAAGAAAUCUGUUAAUGGAUACUUUGCUUGUGUUAUAGUCCUGUUUGUGGAAUGACCUCCUCUUUACUUCCUUGCAGUUAACACAGAGUGGCUAAAAUACUACAAGCACUUAUUUAUCCCAGCAGAUCUCACCGUACAGGUGAUAUGGAUAGUCCAUGUACUUCUUGAGUAAUUUCACCAUUGGUGUCCAAGCUUGGAGUUGAUCUUGCCAAGGUGUUUAUCCUGGCUCUCCUAGAAGAUUAAAUUGGUGUCCAGGACCCACAGGCCACUUGCUGAGUGAAGGAGACAAACAGAUUAGCAACAAUAAAUACCUGAAAUGUAUUGAAAAAGCCAGAACAAGAACCUGUUACUAUGGGAUACAGACAGGUAUUGAAGGUGAUGGUGAUCCAUCUUCAACCACUGUGGAGGACUUCUUGAUUCAUUUUUAGGUCUCAUUAUUGAUCUGUGAGGAGGGAUCCUAAGUGGCCUUAAUGUUUUUGCAGUGCCAGGAUUAGAAGCUCUGUCUGUCAACAAGAAGAGGUAGCUUACUUAAGAUGCAGAUUGAUCAAUACUUGAGUGGACUGAACAAAACACGUCCUGAAAUACAGGUUGACUGGACACUGGGGAAAUAAUGCAUGUUGGCAUAAGCAGGGGAGAGGUUCUGGUUGCUUUAAAGAGUUUUCUGAGGAGAAAUUACCAGCUUGGGUUAUCUCCAGUGCUGUGGUUUUCAGCUGGCCUCUGAGAAAGACCUGUGAAUUAAUAUCACUGCACAGCAUGGAAAACAGUAAAUCAGAAAAUGGAGUUUGUUGUCAGUUGGCUUCAGAUCCACUGUGUAGAGGUCUGCUGUUGUUUGGUGGCUUUUUAUUAAGAACUUUCUAGAGAGCUUGCACGUCCUAAAAUACUGAAUUGUCUUAAGUCCAGUGGAUUCAUAAUCUCUUGUUUCAAUUAAAGUUGCAAUUUGGGAAUGAACUAAAAAUAGCCACAUGGAGUUCCUAUCCCUUGGUCAGAGUUGCAGCAAGAUAUGUCAGUCAAAAUAAUCCUGGCUCACCUUUCUUUCUCAUCAAAUACUGACCUGUACUUUUCCCUCACUGUCUGUGUAUAGAUUUCAUGCUUCAUGAAUUGAAGCUGAUAUUGCAAGGCUGUUUAACCCCCAAAACAUUUUUUUUUUUCUCUAAAAACAAAACCCCCCCCCCCAAAACCUCUGAACUUCACUGGGGAAUAUAGCUAUUUCCUCUUGAAAAUGCAAGUUUUCUGUUAUGCAGCAGGAACAUUGCCAGCACGUGAAUGAGAAUAAUCUCUGAUUGUCUGGAGGUCUUGUGGUCGUUUCUCACUGCAAGCUUGGUUGUCCUUGAAGUUCCAGUGCUUAUGGAGAGAUACCUGAAUUUUUCCAUAAUUUAUUGAUGAAAAUAAAACAGAGCAUUACAACACA